AUGGUAAAAAAACCUCGGGGGAUCCGACGAGACCGUCAUUGUCACAGUUGUAGAGCUCAAGGCAUUCGAUGUGACCUCAACCGGCCACAAUGCCAUGCCUGUGUGCAGGGCCAGCGGACGUGUUCCUAUCCUCCAAGGGUCUUAUGGGUGAGAGAGAAGAAGAACACUGCUUCGGCUUCGUCGUCAUCCUCGUCUCCUGGGGUCUCGACAGGUGCAGGAGCAUCGGUGCUUACAGCCCAAAAGCAAGACAACGAGUCAGUCGGGGGGACGCCAAAACACUCCGUCGGUCUAUACAGCUUUGUUGACCUCCUGGAUGACUGCUACCGCUACAUCCAAGACUCGCAACGGGUGUUCCCCGAGGAAGCCAUCCAGCUUGUCGCACGCACGCUGGAGUUUGCACGCUCACGUAUCCACGGUGCCAAGCAGGGAGGCAUGGCUGACGCAUUCUCCCUCUCUUCCAUCCAACGGCAGAUGGCGGUUUUAAUGGGACUCGAGCAAGUCGUGGAAUCGGCCCAUCCGCUCGCGCUCUUUGGCAUUGCCACCUUCGCCAUCUUUGAGGUCUGCAGCGGGCCCUUUGGGCGAUGGCACUGCCACCUGCACGGUGCACGCUCUCUUCUUGAUUUGCACUGUCACAACCGUGUUUGUCUCGAGAGCCUGGGCCGGAAGAUCUCUGGCCUCGUGGAUGUAUUGGGAUACAUGUUGUGGUUCGAUGUCACAGGGGCUCUGGUCCAGGGCAGUCCGUUGAUCUUCGACGAUUGGCACCGGGAAACGCUCCAGACCAGCUUCUUGGACUCGGUGGGUUGUCCACUGGAGACCUUUGAGCUCUUCGUCCAUCUGGCCCAAUCGAAGUGCCGUAACGUCGACGUCGUAGACCUUAGUUGGCGGGCGAUGGAGCAGACCCUGCAGGUGCAAUCGAGUGACUGGAAAUCGGACCAAGGUCUUGCUGCUGUAGUCUACCGAUACACGGCGGUCAUUUUGACCUUUAGUCGUAUGCAGACCGUCUCGGGGACUGUUCGGUCCUCUCAGGUUUUAUCAUCCAUAGUCGACCGCGUAUGCGACGCAGUAGUGCAAAUGAACCCCCAGUCCAAAUUCUACGUUCACCUGGCGAGCCCGGUCUACUUGACGGGGAUGCAUGCAAGGACAAAGGCACAGUGUGCCGUGGUGCGGUCCUACUGGAGGAAUUGUCGGUUGGGAGACUUUCCUCGGUAUCCUGAUGGACAGGAACAGUGCGAGAGAAUAUGGAGGGACAAUCGGGUGAUUAGAUAG